AUGAGAUCAAAUGCGAGCGUCGACAGCACCAUAUCAUCAGAACCUUAUGCAGAUGGAGAUAUUGCCAAGGUGGAAUCCUACGUGAAAGAAGUUACUGAAAAAAGUGUGCCUUACAAUCCCAAAGAUGACCCAAAUCACCCCUGGAACUGGCCUGAACGAAAGAAAUACCUUGCUCUAUUAGCCAUCUCUCUAGAUUCAUUUAUUGGUUACUUUACCUCUGCAAUUUAUAUGCCUGCUGUUGCCGACAUUAUGAUCUAUUUCCAAACCAACCUCACUACAAUCAAUGCUACCAUUGCCCUCUUUUUGGCGUUCAGUGCCAUUGCCCCUCUCUUUUGGGCGCCUUUGAGUGAACGUAUUGGCAGAAGAUGGAUCUACAGUGUAUCGCUUGUUCUUUACUGUGUGUGUUCCAUUGUGUGUGGUGUCUCUACAAACCUUGGCCUUUUCUUUGCCUUUAGAUUGUUACAAAGUAUCUUUGCGAGUGCUGGUCAAGCUGUCGGUGGCGGUAGCAUCUCUGAUAUGUUUGAGCCUCGUGAACGUGGAAAAGCUAUGGGUCUUUAUAUGUUAGGUACAAUUCUUGGUCCUUCCAUUGCUCCUGUCUGUGGUGGUUUUAUCAACCAAAACUUGGGAUGGAGAUGGAUCUUUUACAUCAAGACCAUCAUUGGCGGUGCAUUUGCCAUUGCCAGCUUUUUCUUGAUCCCUGAAUCACUCUAUGUUCCUACUGGAAAGGAAUUACCUCCUCCUUCCAACCUCAAGGAAAGAUUAAGCAGACUCACAUUUAAUCCUUUUACAAGUUUACUUCUAUUGAAAAGAAAGGAAACUGCUGUCAUCUGUAUUCCUGUCAGUAUUGGAUUUGGCUGGUUUUACUAUCUUGUCACUAUUCUUGCUCCAACAUUUGGCCAGAUCUACCAUUUUUCCUCUGGAACCAUUGGUCUUUGCUAUCUAGCAAGUGGUGUUGGCAAUAUCAUUGGUGCGGCUUUCUCUGGUAUCGUAGCAGACAAGAUCAACAGCUACUCCAUUCAAAAGAACGGAGGUGUAGCUGUCAAAGAGUUCCGUGUGAGACCCAUCUAUGUUGGUUUUCCUUGCAUGGUUGCGGGCUCUCUUCUAUAUGGCUGGCUUCUUCAUUCACAUACUCACUUUAUGGGUCCCCUCAUUGGAUUUGGAUUGUUUAGCUUUGGCCUUAUGGUGAGUAUCUCUGCCACAAACACAUACUUGAUCGAAGCAAAUACAUUCAGAGCUGCUUCAGCCGUGUCACUCAAUAAUUUUACUCGUAACAUGUGUGGUAUGAUCUUUUCAUUGACUGGUGUCCAGAUCAGAGGGUCUCUUGGCGAUGGAUGGUCCUAUACCUUUGCUGCUCUAAUGUGCUUAGUGACAUUCUCUGUCUGUGUGCCUGUGGUUCAGAAAUUUGGAGGAAAAUGGAGACGAGAAAGAGAAGAGAAAGAGUCGCAGCAAUAA